AUAGACUCGUCUAUGUCUGCGAUCAGAUGGAGUCAAGAGCAGGAAAAGGGCCUGUAAAAAAAAGAAUUCUCGGGGAUUCUUGGUUAAUAGGAAUCCCUAGCGCUUUAUUGCAAUACAAGCGGGUCGCUCCGUCGAAAUCAGAUGCGUUAAGCCAGUGUCGAGCAGGAUCAUUUCCGGUGGACGCAGAUACUCAUUGCAUGGUACCACAUCUGUGGCUCUUCGAAAGGCAGACCCUGGAUAUUUCAACCUGGUGCAAACCCCAUAUUCCUGAUCUCAAAGAUAUGGCACGCGAUAUGAGAUGGCAUAAUAGUGAUAUCGCGUAUGAAGUGCUCAAUACGAGGCUCUUUAUUACAUACCAUGGGUCGAUAGGAUUGGCAGCCAGACCAGGGGAUCAGAUUGUGUACAGUGGUGGUCGAUAUCUAUUCAUCUUUCGGAGUCGUGACGAUGGUGCAGUCAAUCUGGUAGGAGACUGUUACGUUCAACGAGUUAUAACACUCCUCAGUACUAACAUUGACAUGCUGGGAUGUUGGCUCUCCACACAAAACUGCUAUAUGCUAUUCUUUUAUAGGUGUACCCAUUCAUCAGCCGUGGGAUCCUAUCUCCCCUGAAGAAAAACCUGUUUAUCUAGACAGCCAUCCAACCGCAUACAAACCCAUACUCACCCUUACUAGGAACUUCUAGAUAUAACAUAAUUCAAAUACCUAAUUAUGUUCUGUAUUAUCUAGCGAAGGCUCC